UGACUCCCCUUUCUACGUUGACAGCAGUACGCGUCAGGCAGCUGCAACCACAAGCGUAGCUUCAACAGCAACAGUUUGGACUUGGGUGCAAUACAACCUAGGUGUGUAUGAUACAAAUGGCUUAAGACUUACAAUGAAGAAAAUUAAAUCACCCACAUCCUGACGUCCACAUCGUGGUCAAUGAGGGUCUGUCGUGGUAUCAGUGACUGACAUGGACGCUAGUGACAACAAGGAUGUGAAGCUUUCAGCCGAGGUGGAACCGUUCAUCCCACAGAAGAAAGGUCUGGAAGGAACACUGAUCAGCAUGAGCCUGUCUGGAGAGACGGGAGGACAAGGAGGCGGGGCGGGAGGAGGUGGAGGGGGGGGAGAGCCUACCCCCAUUCCCAGCUACCUCAUCACCUGUUACCCCUUUGUCCAGGAGAACCAGCCCAACAGGUACAGGCAGCACCCUAUGUAUAAUGGAGGAGAACUGCGCUGGCAGCAGCCCAACCACAGCCCUGGUGGCCCGUACCUAGCCUACCCCAUCCUGUCCUCCCCGCAGCCCCCCGUCUCCAACGACUACACCUACUACCAGAUCAUGCCCGCUCCCUGCCCCCCUAUGAUGGGCUUCUACCAGCCCUUCCCCGGAGCGUACUCUGGCCCCAUUCAGGCUGGGGGGCUGAGUCCUGUAUCAGCCGAUGUCGGCGACAGACAGCCCCCUCUGGGACAGGCGUUUGGCCUGGCCAAUCAGAGAGGGAGGGGCAUGAUCCGACCAGCUGCGCUGCCAAAGCAGCAACAGCAGCAGCUGGGGGUGUGCCAGCCCCCCAGGUCCCGCCGCCCGCCCCCCACCAGGAGUGUGGCGGUGCAGAAAGAGGUGUGUGCCUCGGGGCCCGACGGCAGGACCAAGACUGUCCUCCUGGUGGAUGCUGCACAGCAGACCGGUAUGCACACCAGUGCCCCCCCCAACUUCCCCGGCGAGGUGUCGGGGCGGUGUGCGUCCGAGCGAGCCAGCCCGCUGCUCUGGAAGAACCGGCCCCGGAGGAGACGGGCGUCUCACCCGACGGAGAGCUCCAGCGAGCAGGGGGCCAGCGAGGCCGAUAUAGACAGCGACAGCGGCUACUGCAGCCCUAAACACAACCAGGCCGCCGGCGCCACGCAGCGCACGCCCGAGCCAUCCACCGCUGCCACGGGUGUGGAAUCUGGCGUAAUGACGGCAGUGAGCUGUGUGAAUGUGGCCUCCCAGGCUACCCAGAAGCCCUGGGGAGACAGGAACCCAGCCUUCCACAGAGCAGGGAAGACCCCCGAGCAGAGGCACUUCCAACAGGACUUCCAGGGAGGCUACCCCGGUCGCCCCAGCCCGGCCCAGGCAGAGAGGAGGCUGCAGGCGGGAGGCAUCCCUGGGUCUGAGCUCACUCCUGAGCCCCUCUACUUUGAGGAUGAGGAUGAGUUUCCAGAGCUCGUAACAGGAGCGGCAGCACUCCGCAACAGCAAGCCAGAACCUAAACCGGCCCAGUCCCAGGCCAAACUCCCCAAGAACCUGCUGGACAAUCUGCCAGAGAACUCCCCCAUCAACAUCGUCCAGACCCCCAUCCCCAUCACCACCUCCGUCCCAAAGAGGGCCAAGAGCCAGAGGAAGAAGGCUCUGGCUGCUGCCCUGGCAACAGCACAGGAGUACUCUGAGAUCAGCAUGGAGCAGAGAAAACUCCAGGAGGCGCUGACCAAGGCUGCAGGGAAGAAGAGUAAGACUCCAGUCCAGCUGGACCUGGGAGACAUGCUGGCUGCUCUGGAGAAACAACAGCAGGCCUUAAAGGCCAAGCAACUCACCAACACAAAGCCACUGUCCUUUACAGUGGGAACGGCGCCUCCGUUUCACGGCUCGGCCAUCACCAACAUGGCGGCCAUGUUGAAGCAGCCUUACUCCGCCCCCCACAACUCCCUGGACUCCACCGCCCCCCGUCUGAAGAGGGGGAAGGAGAGGGAGGUCCCCAAGGUCAAACGACCCACCGCCCUGAAGAAGAUCAUCCUGAAGGAGCGUGAAGGGAAGAAAGGGAAGAGCUGUGUGGAGCAGGGUUCCUCAGGACAAGAGGAGCAGGGAGACGAGGAGCUGCACUUUACAGACGACCUCUCGCGGGAGCCUGCCUCCCAGGAGGAGAACGGUCUGAGCAUGCCCAGUGAUGCGUCCCUGUCGCCGGCCAGUCAGAACUCUCCUUACAGCAUCACUCCAGUUUCCCAGGGUUCCCCUGCCAGCAGUGGCAUCGGUAGCCCCAUGGCCGCCAACGCCAUCACCAAGAUACACAGCCGUCGCUUCAGAGAGUACUGUAACCAGGUGCUGAACAAGGAGAUCGACGAGAGCGUGACGCUGCUUCUGCAGGAGCUGGUGCGCUUCCAGGAGCGCGUCUACCAGAAGGAGCCCUCCAAGGCCAAGGCCAAGCGCAGGCUGGUCAUGGGGCUGAGGGAGGUCACCAAACACAUGAAGCUGCACAAGAUCAAGUGUGUCCUCAUCUCCCCCAACUGUGAGAAGAUCCAGGCCAAAGGGGGUCUGGACGAAGCUCUGUACAACGUCAUCGCCAUGGCGAGAGAACAGGAGAUCCCGUUUGUGUUCGCCCUGGGCAGGAAGGCUCUGGGGCGCUGCGUCAACAAGCUGGUGCCCGUCAGCGUGGUGGGCAUCUUCAACUACUCUGGAGCAGAGAGUUUGUUUAACCGCCUGGUGUCUCUGACGGAGGAGGCGAGGAAGGCCUAUAAGGACAUGGUGUCCGCUCUGGAGCAGGAGCAGGCAGAGGAGGCCCUGAAGCACGACAAGAAGGUCCCCCAUCACAUGGGCCACUCCCGGAACCCCUCCGCGGCCUCCGCCAUCUCCUUCUGCUCCGUCAUCUCUGAGCCCAUCUCCGAGGUCAACGAGAAGGAGUACGAGACCAACUGGAGAAGCAUGGUGGAGUCGUCCGACGCCCUGGAGCCUGUGGAGACCGAGCCUAGCCGCCCUGCUCCCUCCUCAGGCUCCCACAGAGACGGAGAAGCCCCGUCCUCCUCCACCAACCACCCCACCCAGGGCCCCAGUCUGCCCCCGGGCCCUGCCGCCCUCCAGCCCCGGGCAGGGCCCUCAACCCUGGGCUCAGGGGACAGGGAGGAGGGCCGGGCCGACGACCGCCUGGAGCUGGCCUCCCAGCAGAGCACCGAGACGGGCUCUCUGGAUGGGAGCUGCCGGGACCAGCUCAACUCCUCCAUCACCUCCACCACCUCCACCCUGGUCCCGGGCAUGCUGGAGGAGGCUGAGGAGGAGGAGGACGAGGAGGAAGAUUACACCCCGGAGCCCAUCUCGGUGGAGGUUCCUCCCCUGAGCAGCCGCAUCGAGUCCUGGGUGUCCACCACGCUGGAGAACUUCCAGCUGGGGAAGAGCCUGGACAGCACCGAGGAAGACGACGACGAGGAGGAGGAUGAGGAGGAAGGGCAGAGCGAGGAAGAGGACGAGUUGGAUUCAGCCGACCUGGCGGUGACCGGCCCGGGGAGCAAGGAGCAGAUGGAGGCCAAGAAGAUCACUGGUUGAUGUGACCUCCAACUCUUCUUACUUCCCGACCCUGUUCGUUUCUCUCAUCCCUCUUCUCUUCCCCCUAUCAUUUACCCCCCCCCCCCCCUCACUUGUUAACAUCUGAACCAGCAGCUGUCCUCUGUGUGUGACUCCAGACACCAGGUGUAAUCUCAGGAAUCAGACUGACCCCACACACACAGGCACGCCCAUCACUGGCCACACACACCCACUCUCACACACACACACACACACACACUCAGACACACACUCUCUCUCACACACACACAGCCACCAACCCAUUAAUGAAAACAGACCAAGCAUCCAAGAUUUUGUCUGAACAGAACUUUGGCUCCCUCUGCUGGAAAACCCAUGUAUUAACAGACAAGUGUUCUGCAGCUGUCUAGUCUUGUGAAGGGGGAAGCAGCCAUCCUUUCCAGACGCCCCAGGUUUGCACUUGAACUCUGAGGGAAGGCUUUACUCUGUGUAAGACUGAACAUUUGGAGAGAGGGAGGUGAUCCAGGGAGGUGAUCCGGGGAGGUGAUCCGGGGAGGUGAUCCAGGGAGGUGAUCCAGGGGGAUGAUCCAGGGAGGUGAUCCAGGGAGGUGAUCCAGGGAGGUGAUCCAGGGGGAUGAUCCAGGGAGGUGAUCCAGGGAGGUGAUCCAGGGGGAUGAUCCAGGGAGGUGAUCCAGGGAGGUGAUCCAGGGAGGUGAUCCAGGGAGGGGUUAAGUCCCCCAGUCUGACCAUGAAACCUGGUACUACCACUCAACACACAGAGCCCCCUCCUCUGCUGUUAGCAUCAUCCUCACAGAGAUCAUCAUUUCCUCAUACGUUAUUACACAACAGAGUUUACAGCCGUGUGCGUGUGCGCGCUGGUCAGCAUCAGUCGCGGGCCCAUGGAUGACACCAUCAUCCCUUCAUGUGUUCAUUAGCUUUAUCUGCAUGUCUUGUGUUUCCCCCCCCCCCCCCCCCCCCCAUGGAGUGUGUGUAUUUGUGUGUUUGGGAGGGAGAGGCGUGUGUGUGUGUGUUCCUUGUGUGUCCUUUGCUCACUAUCAGUUUCUGUGCAGUAUGGUUAGUGUACUGGCAGUGAGGCCCAUCCAACCACUCAUAAUCAUUAAUCAUUAUUCCUUGACUCUGGUCCAUUGUAUCCCGUAUCUCCGAAUUAAAGAUAAAGAAUGAGAUUACGUCUUAACAUUAACUGAAACUAGAACAAGUCUUCAUGUAUAUAACAUGUAUAAGUUGUUCUACUGCUCCUGUAAUCUGUAAUAUUGGUUUUGUUGUGUGAACCUGUUUUGGGCUGUGUGCUCCUCUGCGCUAGUCUGGAGUCGCUAGCGGCUUUCUCUGUGUAGCGUAGCCCUCUAGUUAUCGUUUGGUUGUUAUGGUAGCGGUGUGUCGGAUGGUCUCAGUCACGUGUCUGUGUGUCUGUGCGCGUGUGAGUAUUUUGAUCUUUUUUUUUAAUGUUAUUGUUAUUUUCUUGUGGGGUUGGUUCAGCUGGAGUUGUGUUAAGUAGCUGUGGUCAGAGAUGUGCACGGCGGCUGGCUGUGUGAUUCCCAGCUGAGACGGUAUCGUUUAAACCUCCAGUCUUCAUUCAGACCAGCUCUAUACCGCAGGCUCCGCCCCACUCACCAGCCCAAUACCCCGUCUACUGUCCCACCUACUGCCUCACCCACCACCCUGCCCCAGGGUGAGGAGCCAACACAGGAGCAAACCACACAAUAUGCAUAUCAGCAGUAAAUUAAUAAUAAAAUUAAAAAACAUGUAAAUAAAAUUGUACAAAAGACAUGUUGGGACUACAGUGUACUAAAGAGCUAUCACCAUGUUCUUAAAGCCAUUUGAUGAAGGAAAAACUAAAUUGCAUUGUAUGAAUCAAAGUUAAUCAUGGGGGUAUUUUGAAAUCGGAGGAUAGUGUCGUGACGUGGACUCUGUACAACCGCCGUUAGUUGGAUGUUGUGCAAUAAGAAACGAGAGAAGGAGGGAUUCUACAUGAGAUUUCUGAAGGUCUGUCUAGAUUGAGAAAAGGUACGCAGUGUGCAGACUUUUUGUCCAAUUUUUACUUUCAUCCAAGUGUGUUUUUGAGCAGUUAUGGCAAGUGUGUUCUUUGCACUAUGUAAAUACAAUACCAGUAAAGAUCUUGUAACUAAUGUGAAAAAAAAAUGGUUAAAUGAAGUUUAACUUUUUCAGCGUGGUCCUUGUCUUUAUAUAGAUAUUUAAGGAUGGUUCUUUAAAACUGUACAGCACUAGCGAUAUGUAGAGGCUAUUUCUCAUACUAUAACUAUUAACUGACUAUCUGGACUGAUUAUUAAUAUCAUUAAAAUGUUGUUUA